AUGGCGGUCCUGACAUCGAAACGACUAAUAAUCCUGCACGCCCUGUCCCUGAUCGGGCUCGCUGUGGCCCUAAUACGUACCCCAGGGCUCAUCAUCGACUCCGACAUGGCCUUCAUGCUCGGCGAAGCAAUGAACAUAGAAAACACAUCCAAAUUGACCUCUCUAACCCUCUGCGCCGUCCUCCUAACCGCCACCGCCCUGUCCGAUCUCCUCCUCGUGACCAAACUACCGCAGCUAGACGAGGUGCUCGCCCUCUCGGACGCUCUGCGCGCUCGGCCGCGACUCACUCCACGCGAGGAUGGCGAGCCUGUCAAUCCCUUCAUGGCGCAGUUGGGGAUACUAUAUUCUGAUAUCUUCACGGGAAUAGCGGCGGGGCGCUUCUUUGUUUUCUUCGCUGUGAUUUUCUAUAUUUAUGUGAAUGCUGGGGCUGCCCCUGUUCCGGGGGGUACACUAUAUGGGAGUGCCAUGGGGCUGGAGCAGUUGCAGAACCGGGCGGUCUUUACCUUUGGGUUUCUAGAGACCAUGUUCUGGCUUUGGAUCUUCUUGAAACUGCGCGAAGAGCGACAGGAGGCUACCGUUAGCUUCGUGGCGGAGUGA